AUGAAUAAACAAUCGGAUUCAAAGCCUUAUACUAAAAGUAAAAGUAAAUUCCACAUGUUUUUUUACAAAAAUAAAUAUUCGAGUUCGAAAUAUAACAACAAUAAUGUUAAUGAAAAUAACGUUAUUGACAAUAAUAUGAAAGGAAACAAUGUGAAUGAUCACAAGGUAAAUGAUCAUAAUGUCAACAUGAAUAACCACAACGUUAAUAAUGUAACACAAGAGGGGCAUCAUGAAAAGGGUGAUGAUAUGAAUAAAAAAAAUACAACUCUUAAUAAUCAUAAUAAUCAUAAUAAUCAUAAUAAUCAUCAUCAUCUGAAUAGCAGUGGUAAUGUUCCUUAUAGUAAAAAGAAAAAUAGUACGAAUCCACGAAGUAGUGUUAUAUUAAAAAAUGGAGAACAUAACGUGUUGUCGACUUAUAAUGAAGAUGUGUAUAAUAAUAUAGGAAAGUCAAAUGAAGAGAUGAAUAGUACAUGUGAUAUAAAUAUGAAUAAUUAUAAUAAUGUUAAUAUCGAUGAGGAAUAUAAUAAUGUUGGUACUGGUUCAUAUAAUAAAUAUCAUGACCACAAUAAUAAUAAUAAUAAUAAUAAUAGUAGUAGUAGUAGUAAUAUACAUCAUAGUGUUAGUCACGUUUCUAAUUAUAACCAACACAAUCAAGGUUAUAACAAAAAUGUAGUUGUACCAUAUAAUGACGGUGGUCAUAAAAAUGAAGAGAAACAUAAUAAUAAUAAUAAUAAUAAUAAUAAUAAUGAAGAUUAUUUUAACUUUUGUAAAGAUAUGGGGAAUCCUAGUAAUAAUCAACAUUCAAUCAAUAAUGUAUAUCGAAAUUAUAAGAAUUAUAAAAAUGUUGAUCAUACAAAUGAAAGCUAUUUACAUAUGUCUAAAAAUGGUAAUGUUCAUUACAAUAAUUAUCAGAGUUAUUACAAUAAUCAUAAUGUACAAAAAUAUGGAGAAAUCCAUGAUAACGUACUUAAUUCAAAUGAUCAAGGGCAAAAGAAAAUAAGUACCUAUUUUAACUCAACACAGGGAUAUAACAACAACAACAACAACAAUAAUAAUAAUAAUAAUAAUAAUAGCAUAAGUAGUCAUAAUAAUAAUUAUUAUAGUACACAUGCUAAUAUUACUCAAUUUAAUACCGAUAUGAAUAAUAGUAAUAAUCAAAAUAAUACCACAGCUCCUGGUAGUAACGAACAUAUGUCAUCAAAUAAUAAUAAUAAUAUUAUUAUUAAUAAUAAUAAUAAUAAAAAUAAAAAUAGCAACAUGCUAGAUGACUUGUACAAUAUGGAAGAUAACAAAAAUGUUUAUAAUAACGGCACAAGAAAAGAUUCAAUUUUAAACAAUAUGAUAAAUCAUGCUGAUGCUGGUGAUAAGAAUAAAAAACAUGAAAAUAAAAUUCAGAAAAAUGGGGAUCAGAACAAAAGAGAUGAAAGGAAAGAAGAUACUUAUAAGAAAUAUGAAAAAAGAGAUAAUAUACCCAUGAACAGCAGCAACAACAACAUCAACAGUAAUAAUAAUAAUAAUAAUAAUAAUUAUAAUAAUGAUAAAAAAAUUGAUAGCAGAGGAUCACACAACAAAAGUAAUAAUAGUACUUAUAUGAAAGGUAUGGAAAAUUGUAAUAUUAAUAUAAAAAAUGUGGACAUAAAAAAUGAUAAUAUAAAAUAUGACAAUACAGAUGAUGAUAAUUAUAAUUAUAAUAAUAAUAAUAUAAAUAAUACUAGUAAUGAUGAAAGUGAACAUGUGGAUGAUGUAUGUAAUAUGAAUAAUAUGAAGGAUAUAAAUUGUAAGAAUUUGAAUUCAUCCAAUGGAAAUGCAUAUAAUAUAUCUUAUAUGUUUAUAUACCAAUAUUAUUAUGUAUUGCAUACAAAAAAAGAGAUGAUGUACAAUUUUUAUUCGGAGAAAGCUAUACUUCUGGUUAGUUUUAAUGAUGAUUCUAAGAUAAUAAACACAAAAGUACAUAAUAAUAGUGCUUACAUUAUGAAUAAUGAUAAUUAUAAUACAGAUAAGCAAACACAUGUUUAUGGCAUAAAAAUGAUAAAAAACAAUAAUAAUAAUAAUAAUAAUAAUAAUAAUGAUGAUGAUGUUGUGGAUAAUAAUAAUAAUACCUGUAGUAAUCAAUUUUUCAAUUUAAACGAAAUUAAUAUUGAAGGUUGUCAUAAAAGUGAGAAUAUGAUAAAAUUAGAAUCCAGAAAUAUGAUCUAUGAAUAUUAUAAAAAUUUAGAUGUAAAUGAAUGUACAGUUCAUAUUAUUUCAAUUGAAGUUAUAAAUUUACAUGAUGAAAUAUAUAUUUAUAUAUAUGGGAAAAUUAAAAAAUCGAAACAUACAAAUGUGUAUUAUUAUUUUAUUCAAAAUAUACAUUUACAUAAAUAUAAUGUGUACCAAUAUUAUGUAGAUAUCGAUUUUGUUCAUUAUUAUAACUCUCCUGUUAAUACAAAACCACAACCACAAUUAUUACAAUCAAAAUGUGUAAGAGAAGCAGGCCAACACAACAUGAAAAAUAAUAAUAAUAAUAAUUUGAGUGUGGUGAAAAAUAAUGAAGAUGAUAAAAAAAAAAAAAAUAAAGUUAGUUAUAACUUGAAUACUACAAAUGAAAAUACUACUACUACUACUACAACACAGAAUAAAAUGAAUGAAAAAAAAAAAAAAAAAAAUGAAACACAAUUAUUAGGAGAACAUACUAACGUAUCAACUCUAAAUAUACAAAAUAGAUAUAAGGAUAAACAUGCAGUAUCAAAUAAUGAAAAGAAAGAAUUCAGAAAUGAACAGAUAGAAUAUUAUGAAGAUGAACAUGAAGAUAAUUUAUAUUAUGAUGACGCUAAUGAAGAGAUGUUGUAUUAUAAUAAUGAUCAUAAUAAAAUUGAAUGUGAUGAUGAUGAUGAUGUAUAUUACGAGGAUCAUGAUGAUGAUGAUCAUCAUCACCAUUAUCAUGAUAAUGAAGAUAUAUAUUAUGAAGAAGAAAAUGAUGACAUAUAUUAUGAUGAAUAUAAUCAAAUGGUAGAUAAUCAAAAUGAAGUAGAAAAAAUACAUAAACAUAAUAAUAAUAUGAAUGAUAUCAAGAAAAAUAAGGGAGAUCAGUAUAAUAAGAAUCUAAAAAAAAAUAAAUUACACCUAACAAAAAAUAAUAUGAACGAUUAUAAUGAUAAUAAUUAUAAUAAUGAUAUGUUAAAGGAUGAUCAUCAUGUUAUUAGUAAUGAGGGAAAAGAAGAGUUGUCACCCCAAGUUAUAAAGGGAAGUGAAUUAUCUACAAAUGAUAAACAAAAAAAAAAGGACGCAACGAAUAAAGAUAUAUACAAAAAUAAUGAUAAGAAAAAUAUACCACGCAGCAGUAAAAAUAAUAAUGAGAAUUAUCAUGAUCAUAAUAAUUGUGAUGACAGAAGAAUCCUCACACAGCAAGAUCAGAAACAGAUGAAUAAUUCUUAUCAACAUGAUGAAGAUAAUGUAGAAGAACAAAAUGGACAAGACAAAAAUUUUAAUAUGAUUAAUAAUGAGAAAAAAGGUAAAAAGAAUAAACAUGAAAAAAAUCUACAGAAAAAAAAUACACAUGAACAUCAACAGAAGAAUCCUGAAGUGAAUACUGUAUUAAAAAAGGAACAAAAUAAUAGUAAUGACAUGUUGUCAAAAAAAAAAAAGAAAGAGAAAAAAAAAGUUGACCAAGAUAGUUGGGUCUCUAGAGUAAUGAAAAAUAACACAACAAAUAUCAUACCAGAGAAUAAUAAAAAUGAUGAUAACAAUAAAGGUGAUAAUAAAAAAAAUGACCAUCUCACUAAUAAUAAUAAUAAUAAUAAUAAAAAUAAUAAUAAUAGUGACAAUAAUAAUAAUAACAUUAAUAGUGACAAUAAUAAUAAUAACAUUAAUAGUGACAAUAAUAAUAAUAAUAAUAAUAAUAACAAAGGAGAUGAUGAAGUUAAAAAGGAUAAACAAAUAAAAGAAUACGAUGAAUUAAAGCAAGAUGAUAAUCAAGAAUAUAUUACAGACGAAAAUAAUAAAAAAGAAAAUGAAGAAAUAAAUGUAAAUGAUAAAAAAAUUAUUAUUCAUAAUAUUCAUAAAACUAUGGAUAAAAAAAAAAUUAAUGAUUGUAUUAUAGAUCGUUUAAAAAAAUAUAAUGAUGGACAUGCAGUUCAAGUUGAUAUAUAUCAAAGAUCCUUUAAAAAAGCAUACCAAACUAAUUUUAAUUAUAAAAAUACAUAUGAUAAUAAUAAAAAUCAAAUAAAUGAUUAUUCUUAUGCUAUAGCAGAAUUAGAUUGUCGUCAAAGUCAACAGUUAUUAUUAGAUUUAGGCUUAUAUUGUAAUGGUAUAAAAUUAAAUAUUGAACACUUUAAAGAAAAAAAAAAAUUCAUAGAUAACAAAAAAUUUACCAAAAAAUUUAGCACAUAUAGUAACAACAAUAAUAAUAAUAACAACAACAACAACAACAACAACAACAAUAAUAAUAAUAAUAAUUAUAAUAAUAAUAACCAUGGAUCUGUAAGUUUUAAAACAAAGGAUGAUAAAUAUAAAAAUUCUUACAAUAAUAGACAUUCUACUUCUAUCCAUUCAGCAGCUGUCGUAUCAUCAGGGGGAAAUAAUAAUACAUCCUCCUCAUUUAAAAACAAAAGAAAUAAUGUAUUUGUAAAAUGA